AUUGGUGUUUUACCUCCACUGUAGACUAUUUGCCUGUCAACGUGUCGGCUGGAUGUUUAUUGAGCCACUAGAAUUUGAUAAAGAUCUUUAUGUCUCAACUAUAUUAUGUUUAGCCAAUAUAUGAUAUAAGGUUUAAUGCAAUUGAACAGCGACCUAUUGCUAUUGUGAAUUUGUUUAGUUUUAAAUUAUUAAAUCUGACUGGCUGGGUUGGCCCUGCGGUAUCAUUGGAUACAUGAUUGUUCGUUUUAUGCAUUGUGUCUCUGAAUAUGAACAGUAUACCUAAAGUGGUGCUAUUGUGCGAUAUGAUGUAUUGAGAGUACAUAAGUGAAUAAAGUAAAUAGUAAUUAUAUAAGAGCUUUAUCAUAAAACAAUGUCAAAUCUAGAGGAUGAUAUCGUUAAUGGAAAUGGUUCGGAUAAACUCGAAAAAACACUGACAGAAACCGGGAGUAAAGAUGACGAGAACCUAAUGCAUAAUUGGAGUCUGACCUUCAAUGAAUAUGCUGAUCAGAAUGGGUACGGUGACCCAGGAAACGGAAAACAGCAUUCAGAAAAAGAAUCCGCGGUUUCGACUAUAGCCAGUGAUACAGUCACAGGCAAACCCCCAGAUGGUCGUGGUCAUGCGAUUGCGACGCUUAAAACAGGGAAAGUAAUAAAAGAUACUCGCAAAUACGUGGAGGUAGACGCGGAUACAAAGAAAAGCGAAAAGUCAGACUCCAUACCUGACGAUACUGCUACCGGAAGUAUGACGCUCAAAGAUUCCAUAGAUAAUGAUAGGGAUGGUAAUAUCUCACCAACAAAAACUGAUGAAAUAAUGAGAACAGCAAAUGGAAAACAAGACACCCCGGAGUUAUCUAAGUACACAGUGUUGCCCGGAAUCACAAACAAAUCGCAGACUUUAGUAAAUGCUAAACCGACUGUUGUUGUACCCCCAGCCACUACUGCUUUGAGUUUAGGUGCUACUAGCGGAAAUAAGGCCCCAAGGAACACCCCAGCCACUGGUCAUACUGGGGGUAAAGUUCAGCAAAUUUACGUCAGGUUUCCAGGGCAACGAACCGGACAGAUGAUGUUCGCGGAAAUGGAUCAGCAGUCCGGGCACGUUCGCAUCGUGGGGCUUGAUAAGGAAAAAGAGAUGCUGGCGCGCCUGGCCUGGCUGCUCCUCGACGCCGGAACUUCCGCUCUGCGCGCCACAUUCGACAGCAUUCAUCCUCCGCUAAACCUCCGAGAGCAUCUCAAACAGGCUCACGUGAAAGCCGUGCUGCAGAAAUUGCUGCAACAGUCCGUGCUCACGGAGCGCCAGUGGAAGCUCCUCUACCCAAUCAAAAAGAAGCACAGCACCUCGCAGGCCUACGACAGCCGCACUUUGAUCAUUCUCCUUGAGACGAUAUGUCACCUGUGCCCGCCCUAUCCCAACGGCUGGGCCCGGGAACCACUUCCUAAUGACGGGUCACUCAGCGCCGACAUAGUGCGACUACAGCUGCUCUACCUUGAUAUGGCGAGACAUGAGGGGAUCGCCGGUGAGUCGUACGUGCAGUGGUUCUUGCAGAUUCGUGACGUCAUAGUCCGACUGGGAGGGCCUCCAAUCAGACUUAAAAUUGAUCGCAUCGAGACAGAACUGAUCAACCUUGAACUGCAGCAGCAUUACAUUAAGACUCUACGCGAGACCUGGCAACCGGAUCUGAUCCAGAAGCUUGAGAAGGUGCACGGGCUGAGGAGCAAGACGUCAAGGGCUCGGAAGGCGUACGCGAACACCAAGGGGUCGGAAGAAGGACUGUCUGCCGAAGAUCGUGUCGUGUUGAAGAAAGUCCACAAGUUACUGGUAGAGAAUGUGCAGGCUGAUGACGUCAUAGAUCGUCUGCAGCAGUCGCAGGUGCUCAAGUUCUCGGACCGGCAGGAUAUUCUGGCCACUUCCAAGAAACAAGAACGCACGCAGAUCCUAUUGGACAAGAUUGCCGACUCAAAGUUGCCGUACGCACUAAAGGCGUUGUUCGACGCAAUGAAGUUCAAGUACAAGAAGUUGUACGACCACGUGAUGGCCGUCCGGAAGCAGACGUACAAAGAAGGCGUGGUCACUACGAUAGACGUUGAAGGCAUCACAGAAGAGUGCCUGCGCAAUCAGUACAAGUCGCGACUGUCGCGAGUCUACCCGUUCCCCUGGACGGACAGUGUGUACGGUUCGGUACGGGAUGUAUACACGUCCCUCGACAUCGUCGAUACAGACGGAAAUAAAUUGUCACACGCUGACCUGUUACCCUUGCCCGCCACAAGUGGUAAAGGCAGUCGUAUCAUAUUCGAAGGUACAAGCGGAAGUGGAAAGUCGAUCUUUUGCGCAUGGCUGGCAUUCAUGUGGGCAACACAACCCAGCUACUUUCGGGCUCAAUACCGUCACGUGCUCUAUCUGAACAUGUCAGAAAUGAACGGCAACCUCGAAACCGCCGUGUACAAGAGUUUGUUCCCGGAAAACUUCAAAAUUACUUUGAGCGAUUUCUGGAAAAUGCUGGAGCGAUCGGCAGAUGAGGUCUUGCUCAUGAUAGAUGACUAUGUUCACGAUAGUGAUAUAGACAUCACCGACAUUUUGCUUGGUACUCGGCUUAAGGAAUGCACGGUGCUAUUAACAUCUAAACCGCAUACCAAAUUGCCCAACGGAUUUGUAGCUGACUGUAAAUGGUUUAACCUCGGAUUUAAUGAAGGUAACAUCCGUCGUUGCUUUAGAAAUUGUGUUUCCAUAUCCGAUCUAGAGCACGACCAGUUUGAAAAGUUGUACCAUCUCUCCGGCAGAGAAUCCUGGCCUCUUCGAUCACACCUCGCAAACCCAAUGAUGGCCGUCAUGGCGUUUGGCGUCUACAGCAUUCUACGAAAGGGCACGAUGCUAAGGGAAAUGAAAACCACGUGUGACCUCCUGGAAAAAUACGGAGUGGCAAUGGCGACGCUGUACUGUAGGAAGCAAAAAAUCGAUAUUGUAGGUUUCGAAUUCCCCGACGAAGUUAUGCGUGCAAUAGAUGCCUUGGAUCAGUUCGCAUUUUCCUGUGUAAUGAACGGACGUAGGACAUUUAGUGAAGACGACGUAGUACAGAAGACUGGGGACACGGUCGUCCUGAAAUUUGGUGCUUUCAGCAAGUUUACGCAAAGUUCAAUGCUACGGUUUGCUUGUGGUAUCUCCAUGGAUUUCCUUGCUGCCCGACACAUUGCCGACAUGUCAUUUGAAGAUAUUGAGACAACCGUGAUGAAGAACAAGAUUGUGAAGUUGCCUAAAUUCGCACAGCUGAUGUCAUUCAUCUGUGGUCAGUAUCGGGAGGAUACGGACACCUCCGUGCUUAUAUCUCUUUUUGACCAGCUGGCCGCUCGUAACGAGUACUGCAUCCGGGGGCUGUAUUUGCCCGCGACCACCCUGCAGUCGCCCGUGUCUGUAGAAAGCUCAAGACGAAGGUACCCCGAGGGGUGCUGGAACGAUUUUUCUACGAGCCUACAAUGUCUGUCCGAGUGUCCGGAGAGACUUGACGCCGUGCAGACUGUUGCCCAGUCCUUGCCACAGAGACUAAUUAUACGAUCGGACGGUUUGAUAACCCUUAAAACCACCCAGGGUCUAUGUCUCGCCUUGGAACACAAAGACUGCACUGUCCAAGAAAUCGAGCUCGACCUCCAUCAGUACCACAACUUUCAACUUCCGGUAUUUCUCGCGCUAGCCGGCUCCACCAGCCGCUGCCGAAAUAUCCACUCCAUCAAAAUCACGUGGUCGUCGCUGGACACCAUGUCCAGGUAUCUAGCCGCUGUAAUGGAGCAGGGAAAAUCGGUGGAAACGUUGUAUAUCACGGAAGACCAUACUCGGAAGUGCAUUCCCAAGCACGUGAGCGCGGUAACAUGGGCGGCGAUGCAGUCGGCCUGCAACCAUAUGACGUCUGUGCAGCACCUGUCAUUCCUCAAUGCACGCGUUACCGCCGUCUUGAACCACGUUCUUCAGCACAUACCGACGACCAUCGCUCAUAUAAAUAUCACCGGAUGUGCUUUCAACCUGAUGUGCGCGGGUCAGAUCGCAAGUCAUCUCCAUGGGAACACGAUGAUCCGUCAUCUCGAUCUGAGUAACACAAAAUUGAACAGCAGCGAGCUCGUAGCCAUAUUUCAAGGCAUGCAGAUGUGCGACGGUAUCCAAACAGUGCGCAUGCGCGGCGCUAGGCUGGAUCGACCAUGUAUCGUGGCGCUCGCCGAGUACAUCAAACUCACGCAUUCGCUGGAAAAUCUGGAUUUGAGUGAUUGUGAACUAAACACGGCCAUGUGUACCGCCCUUGUGGCGGCCAUUAAGCAGAACAGGACUAUUAAGCGAUUGGUGUUCAACAACACCAAGCUGACGAGCGAGGGCCGACGCGUCAUCGCAAAAACGGAAACGAGACUGAACCCUGUUUCGGUUGAAGGACUUCUUAGACUAUACUGAACUGUUUUCACAGAUCUAUUACUCCAAUAGCACUUAUACCGCGUAGUUUCGAAACAGUGACAUUUUAGCAGAUAAGUAAAUCAAAAUUGACUGAAAUAAAAAAUAAAUAUAUAUUUUGCACCAAGACUUUCGACAAUAUUGACCAUACAACACUAUGGUAAAUCUAAAUGCUAAGCAAUACCGAAAUAAUCUCGAUGACAAUUUUUAGCAAAAAAAGUAUAAUUGCUUUUAACAUGUUAAAUUGUUUAUCUUACCAAGAGCAAAUAGUUGAUAUUUAAUUUUACAUAUGUACUGUUUUAUUUGUUGCGCAACAACAAUAAUGUUACUGUUUAUGUUUCUCACUCCAAUCUGGAAUUAAUAUUUAGCCUCUAUCCUAUCUAUGAAAAAAUAUUAUAUGCAAACAUACCGUAUUAGUUUUCAACUGUAUAUUUAUUUAUGUAAUGUAGUUUUUUAGAAUCGGUUUUAUUAUUUUUUUAAUUAAUAAAUACGGCAUAAUGUG